GUAAGCCUCUUUUGUUUCAAAAUUUCCCCUUCGAGUGAGGUUUUUGCUAUGGCGGCGCCGGUGUGCGUCCAGCAUGCCUUCUCCAGCUCGCCACAGCAAUGCGACAUCCAAAUGCGGGCUACCGGCGGCCAAGGCAGCGCUGGAUUCUUGGCCGCGAGGAGCGCCAAUCCAAUCCACGAUAGGGUUCGUCAUCAGCAGCAUCGCCAGGCCAGAGUCGCGCUGCUUGUCAAGGCGUCAUCGUCGCUCAAGGACGGGGAGAGGUCCACGGCGGCUACUCCGGCGGACGAUCGCAAUGCGAGCCAGUCGAGCGGCGAGAAUGUGGUGAGAUCCGAGGAAAUCAGGGAGGAUGAGGAGGCCGUGUCUGGCGAUGCGGCUGUCAAAGGGACUGUUCUUGCGGGAUUGCUGCUUAUCGGCACGGUGGGAGGAUUUGCCGGGGCUGGAUACUACUACCGGGAUCAAAUAAACGAAUUUUUGCUCCAGUUCGCGGAUGUCAUCGAAGCAUAUGGACCUGCUGGUUAUGCUAUCUUCAUCGCUGUGUAUGCCGGUUUAGAGGUUCUAGCGAUUCCGGCCAUUCCACUCACAAUGUCAGCUGGAUUGCUUUUUGGUACGCUGACAGGAACAGUGAUUGUAUCGGUUUCUGGCACGAUUGCAGCAACACUCUCGUUUCUUAUCGCUAGAUAUGUUGCUCGUGACAAGAUUUUGAAGCUAGCCGAAGGCAACAAAAAGUAUAUGGCCAUUGACAAGGCAAUCGGUGAGAAUGGUUUUCGAGUUGUUGCUCUUCUUCGGCUCAGUCCCCUUCUUCCCUUCUCCCUGGGGAAUUAUCUUUACGGUUUGACGUCCGUAAAGCUUGUUCCUUAUGUAUUGGGGAGCUGGGUUGGCAUGCUACCAGGAACUUGGGCUUAUGUGAGCGCAGGAGCAUUUGGUCGAGCUUUAAUCCAAGAAUCAGAAUCGAAAUUGCCGGGAGGUCCCCAGCAGCUCGCUACGCUUGGGUUAGGAUUGCUGGCGACAGUAGUUGCUGCAGGAUAUGUUACGAGACUAGCCAAGGAUUCUAUAAAGGACAUCGAGUAAAGAGAGAGCGAGAGAGAGAGAGAGAGAGCGAAGACUGUAUAGGUACUAAUUUUGUACGUCUCUAACUGUAUUCAAUUUGUAUAUAGGAGAAGUCACAAAAUGGCUACCCU